GUCGACACGGGUGGCUCCGGCGGCAGAGCCUCCGGUCAGGCCACACAGCCAGGGAGACCGCACACAACCUGGCGCAGAGCAUGGAGAGCAAGCCCGUAAUCAUGUCUCGCCAGCAAGGAAUGACCCUGUUCAACCCCGUUCGCAACAGCCGUCACAACAGCCCCCGGCCGCCACGCCCGCCCGUGAGAACAACAACGACAUCAGCCAAACAGCGAGACCGACCAAGGAUCCGGCCGACGCCACACGCGCUACUUCGUCGGCGGCUCGUUCGCGAGAGCAAGGGAUCGACGUUGAUGAUGCCGGUGGUAAGACGAGCGGGCUGGCGCAGACGAGCGAGCUGGCGCAGGCGCAGGCGCAGUCGCAGGCUGCGUCGCAAGCGCAGGCUCCAGCGGGUCGAGAGGACUCGCCAGCCGGAGGGCGAAAGAUGCCAAGCAGCGCAAGCUCGGGACGCCCGCGGACAGCGUCAGGCGCAGACGCUGAUGGCGGAGCCAAGGCUGCAGACGGUCUGGCGUCGGCGGCGUCGCGGACAGAGGCCAAGCCGGGCGCGGUGGCCGAGGAGCAGGGCCCUGGCAGGUUGCUGGCGCAGAAGCGGCUGUCACAGGGCUCAGAGACCAAGCUCCAAGCCACAGGUUCGAGCGAGAUGACUCUUUCGCCACGCAAGACUGGCAACAUAUACGAGUCAAACGCCUCGGUCCGCUCGCCGGUCUCGUCGACGUCGGACGUAAUGCUCUCGGGCUCGGUCCGCAUCAUGACGGCCAAGGUGACAAGCAAGUCGCCGAGCGGCAUCACCCGCGGCUCGCAAAGCCAGUUUGUUCGCAAGAACUCGGGUCCGAUUCUGCGCAACGGCGACAGCUUGGCGCCGACCAAACCAGGUGGGCGGCGGUCGUCGGUCGAGCUGCGCAACUCGCUCUCGGCGUCGAUUUCACUCCUCGAGUCACUGCCUGAAGUCAACGAGCAGGUCAUGGUCAGGCCGAGCUCGCGGCAGACGCUCGGCGUCGAAAACUCAACCGGCUCGGCGGCGUCGCUGUCGGCAUCGGUCAUGGGCUCGCUUCUCGACGAGGAGGCCGACGUCGAGCCGACGCUUGUUGGUCUCACCUACUCGCUCUUCCUCGACAUCCAGCGGCUGCGGCCGGCCGACUCGCCGUUGAGUAAGACCGAGUUCCUCCUCCGGGUCAUCAAGCGAAUUAUGAUCAUCCGUCGGACGAUCAAGGCUGGUGACGGUGGGCGUGAUAGUAUCAGUCUCGCCGACUACCUCGCGCCGCAGAACCGGCGCAUGUCGACCACGCUCACACUGCCGUCGCGGAAGCAACUGUCCGGCGGCUCUGGUAGUCUCUCGCGGUCUCCGUCGCCACGCCUGGUGGUGGUGAAGCCGGACAAUGGCAGGGAGAAGGAGAAGAGCAAGGGCAAGGAGAAGGAGCGCGACGGCGACGGCGAGUCGGAUGACGACUCGGACGAUGACUCAGACUCAGACUCGUCUUCGGGCUCGAGUGACGACUCGGAAGACGGCAGCGCCGUCCCGCGCGGCGGGUUUGCGUCACUGGAGGCGACGCUCGCUGCGGUGCAGGCUGCGGUGGCAGCCAAGGACGGUGGACGGUCCGACUCGCUGGCAGCAUUCCAGGCCGAGGCUGAGGCCAUCCGGGCAAGGAACAGUGCUGAUGUUGACGCCAAAACCAGCGAAGUGCCGGUGACGCAGAUGUCUGGAACGCGGACCUCGAUCUCAGGCUCGGCGCUCGACAAGGACUCGGACUCGGACCUUGAGCUUGACGGCGUGCUGGAUGACUCGGAGCUGGAGGACAUUGUCGAGUCGGUGGCAGUCAUUGUUCGCCUGGCCAAGGCCCGCAUCGAGCAAGCAUCCAACAUCUCGAAGCGGUAUCAGCGGAAGCGUGGCGAGCCGCGGCUCUCGGCCGUCCUCGGCUACCCAGACUCACUCUCCGACUACAAGUUCCCCGAGGUGGCCCAGACCAUGAUGCAAACAUACCACGCGCCUGGCAAAGCGCAACUUGCGCCGUCGGGCCGCGCCCUCUCGCGGACAAGGUCGGCCAGCAGGCUCGAUGUCGACGCGGCGACCGACACCCAGAUCUUCUCGACCGUCCAAAAAUGGAAGCGCAAGAUGCAAUCGGUCUCGGUUGAAGCCAUGGCGGCGAACGGGCGCGGCGGAACCAUGGUCGACGCGUCGAUGAAUGACAUGCGUCGGGCGUCCAAGCUCGUGGCCACGCUCCUCUCGCACGCGCGGGCCAAGCUCGUGAGCGGCAAGAAAAUCGCCGUCUCGCGGAUCAUCGACCCCGAACUGGCGUCAUCGAUGACGCGCACCUUUCACGGCAAGAUCGAGGACGGCACGCUUGUGGAGGACGUCGAGCUUGACGAGUUCUUCUCGCUCCUGCAGAAAGGUAUCCGCGGUGAGAUCUGGCUCAACCGUAAGCUCCCGUCCAACGUCUUCCGCAAGGAGCUCCGCUCGUCGCGGGCGCUCGUCCGCGAGAAGUCGCGUGGCUCGCCCUCGUUUCAGCGCGCACUCUCGCGCUCGUGUCGUUCCUCAGCCGUCGGCCUCGACGGCGCCCCCAUCCCAGGCCUGCCCCAGCCCCAAGGUCCCGGCUCUGGCACACCCCCGCGCCGCACCUCGGGUCCGCGCCUCAUCCCAGCUUCGGCAGCCAAGCCACGCAACUCAAUCGUCACCUCGCUCGUCCGCAACUCGGAGAUGUUUGACACUAUCUAAGCCAACUUGCUCUGCUGCGCGACUAUGUCGGCUACGAACAGGCGCAAGGCAUGUAAACAAGGCUAUGUGUGGGU